UUUCCACAUGUUCAAAUCCAUUAUCUUCCAGAAUUUUCAUAACCUUGCUUUUCUCAAUUCCGCAGUGUUCCAGAUAUAUUCUUUUUAAAUUAGUUCGAAAGUCUUGCUCUUUGGAAAGACCAAUUAUUAAGCUAUCAAAAUAAGAUUCGUUGUUUUCCCAAUCACUAAAUGAACUUUGGCCUCAAUCCUUUAGAUCUAGUACUUUCAUUGUGCUUCCCUCCAGCUUCUCUCGAAAUCAGACACAGAUGAUAAAGAGAGUUUACAGCGAUUAAAUCCAAAGCACUCCUUGGCUUUAUUUGAAGAGAAUAAGGCAACUAGUUCGGACUCAGACAGCUCAAAUCUAUGGAUGUAAAACUCUCCAGUUACUCUUUUCACUUCCUCCAAUUCGUCCCAGUAGAAAGACAAUGAAGAACUCAAUUUAGAGGAAUAGUUAAAGUGAAAUAUUCUAACUUUAUAGGGGAAAUAGUUUGCCAAGAAAUGUUUCACUUCUUUGCUUUCCACUGUGAAGUUUCAAAGAUUGGGAGCCUCAAGAUCUGGCAUUCUUUGCUUUAGAGAUGUCAGGAAUAACAUGUGCUUGGGGUUGUCAAGUUUCAGUGUUAAUUUAGACUUAACCCCAAACUGUUGAUUCGCCCCAGUAAUAGUAAAUAAUAUUUUAGGCUUGUAGAGGAGACUGAAGUCUGAAUAAUCUGAAGUGUCAAGGUUGGAAUUUAGUGAUUUUAUUUUGGCUUGAUAAUGUAUCAUUAAGUUCUUUAAUUGUAUUAUCUCCUCAAAAUCUCUACCAGUUUUCUUGGCUUCUUCAACAAACUGAGCAUUUUCAUUUUCUACCUCCUUAAGAUUUUCACAAGGAACUUGAUUUUCUCUUCAAGAGGAUAAUUCUCGUUUGAUAAAUCUUCUAAUAGGGUUUGAUUAAGCUUCUUAAGAUAUUCAAUUUCAACUUCUUUUUCUUUUAUAACAUCAUCCUUUGACUCGGAGAAAGAGUUCUCAAUAUGUCUUUUUGUCUGUUGUAUUCUGAUUUCAUUAAGCCUUUUUUCUUCGAAUCCUCUGUUAAUUUGGAGUCUACUUUCAAGAUGUUUAAUUUUUUCUUCCUUAACUUUUAGUACAGAUUUUAGAGCACAUAUUUAUUUCUGGUGCUUCUGUUCAUUAACUCUUCUUUGCUCUCGUAUUUUUGUAUGAACUUCUCAAAUAUGGCUUCAUAUAGAUAUCUAAGUGAUUCUUAAAUUUUGUUCUCACAGAGGUAGAAAUCAAACUAAGCAGGUUUUUAUAAACUUCCUAUGCCAAAUAGCAUCGAAAUGAUAUCAGGUCUUGUCGCUCAAGAAAUUAUAGCGGGGAAGACUUCGUUUGGCAUAAUAUUAUUACCUUCCACAGUGAAAUUUCUAAAAACAGCAGCUGAUACUAUUCGACACAGGAAAUCCAUGAAAAUCUCUUGGAUUUGUUCUCUGACUCUCCGAGCAUAAAUUUUCUGAGAAUUGUUUUGAUAUCAUUUAAGUCUUACUUUUGCUUGAGCUCUACCUUUAUUAACUCGAUGCUUCUUUGAUCUUCAAGUCUAGCUUGAUUCAAUCCUUUGCCCCAAGCCUUGAUUACAGAAAUUUAUACUUUAUCUUCUGAGAAUAGAUUCUCUAUAUUUCUAACUUCUUUGUACAAAGAUUCAUACUUGAAGUGUUUGCCAGCUGAAAUAGCUUUCUCCAAAUUCUCCAGGAUCAUUUGAAGCUCCUCUUUGAUUGUAUCACUCAGGCUUUGGCAUUCUUCAGAGCAGACACCAUUAUUAAGAUUCUCUGCAAAGGCAAUGAACACCUUGCAUUUUUUAUCAAAGAUCCUGACUCGCUUUUUUAUCAAAAUAAGAUCAAUAAGAACAAUAUAGGAAAGCUCCGACUAUGCUGUAAGUCUGUGUUGAGGGCAUACAACAGCUUCUUAUCCUCUAUGUAGAACACAGUCGGAAUAUUGCAGCCUUCAUGCUGGCAAUCCUGGUAGUCCAUUUUUAUUAUUUAACAAAAUAUCGGCUUGCCUAAAUUUCAUUCUGUUCUG